GGUUCAGUUCACAAAGCACGGAUAGCUUUCUCUUUCAAUGCUUACUACUUUCAAAUAGUGUUUAUUUAAUCGUUUUAUUUGUUUUUGUUUACCAGAAAAGUCCGACUGGGUGAGUUACCCGUUUGCAGUGAUUACUUACAUGACGCUGGCGAAGCCAUAUCUCUCAAAUGUCCCUAAUUUUGCUGUGACCCUCCUAAAACUUGUGGCUUUUUGAAGAAAAGUGGUGAAUUGCACGUAAUAAAUGAUGCCAAUAAUUAAGAGAUGAAUGUUUCAUCUAUUUUAAAAGCUCUGGAGAAAAGUUGCCUACAAAAAAUUUUCUGCAGCCAUCUUGUAACCCGUAGUGGUGGUCUCCCCCUGCCAUUUGUACCCUCUAGCCCCCCACUGGAUGUCACAGACCUGGAAGAACUCCAAGACUUUAUUUCCUCUUCAGAGAAGUUAUUUGUUCUAACAGGAGCUGGAGUUUCCACAGAAUCUGGGAUUCCUGACUAUCGUUCUGAGGAGGUGGGACUUUAUGCAAGAACAAACCAGCGACCCAUUCAGUACUCCGACUUUGUGCGUAGUGCCAAGAACAGACAGCGAUACUGGGCACGAAGCUUUGUAGGCUGGCCUCGUUUUUCCUCUUUUCAGCCUAAUGCAGGUCAUUUUGCACUAAGUGAAUUGGAGAAACUGGGUAAACUGCACUGGCUAGUGACACAGAACGUGGAUGCCUUGCACACCAAAGCAGGGAGUCGUAGGAUGACCGAGCUACACGGCUGUUUAUAUAGGAUCAUCUGUCUGGAGUGUGGAAGUUUAACCUCACGAUUUGACCUUCAGAAAAGGUUUGAAGCUUUGAACCCUGGAUGGAAUGAAGAGGGUCAUGGUGUGGCACCUGAUGGGGAUACCUUUCUUACUGAUGAGCAGGUACAAAACUUUCAAGUCCCAGACUGUGAAUGGUGUGGUGGUAUCCUGAAGCCAGAAGUUACGUUCUUUGGAGACACAGUGAAUAGGGAGAAGGUGAACUUUGUCUAUGAGCGCCUGGCUGAGUCAGAUGCAAUUUUAGUGGCCGGAUCCUCUCUGCAGGUGUAUUCUGGGUACAGAUUCAUCCUUACAGCACAUGAAAAGAAUAUACCAAUAGCCAUAGUCAACAUUGGUCCAACACGAGCUAAUCACUUGGCAUCCAUAAAGGUCACCCAGCGAUGUGGAGAAGUGUUAUCGCGCAUCGUAACAUUUUGUUAACAGGACUACAACAUUCAUAAAUCAUCUGUAGAUAAUUACAACACUUUGAAUUACCUGACGUAUCUAAUGUUUAAGUAAAAUUGAAGGUGUUAGUGUUUA